AUGGAUGCAGGCCGUGCCAACUGGGAUGAUAACACUACAAAAAUGUUCCUUGACCUCUGCAUUGAUGAGAAGAAUAAGCUCAACUAUAAUAAAAAAGGCCUAACCAACCUAGGUUGGCACAACCUGUAUACAAAUUUCAAACAACAGACGGGCAAGAAAUAUUCCUGCAAACAGCUUCAAAAUAAAUUUAAUGCCUUUAAGAGGCAGUACAAGGAUUGGAGAAAACUGAAGGACAAGAGUGGUACUGGAUGGAACAACAGUACCUGCACCAUCGACAGUGAUGAUGAAUGGUGGACAGCUCGAAUUGAGGAGAACGAGGCAAACAAACAUUUCCGUGGCAAGAUGUUUCCAUUCUAUGAUGAGUUAACCACACUUUUUGGGACAACGGACACAGAAGGCGGUCCAAUAUUAUGUGUUGGUGGAAUUGGAGAUAGAACACCAAGUUCUGCAAGUGAAGGCAACCCUGACACUGCGAUAGAUGAAAAUGUUGCCUGGUUGGAGGACAAUGUUGGACGAUCUAGUGUGGGUCGUGUGUCGCAAAGGUCAGGAAAGGAGCAUGUUGUUGACAACCCACCACCCAAGAGAACUAAUAGUAUGGAGUACUAUGUCGAGCGCAUAUCUGAGAGCAUGAUUCAAAGGACUAUGAAUGAAAGAAAUCUAAUCAGUCGUGAGGAAGAGGAGCAUGAUUUAUUUUUCAGCCUGAAGGUAUUCACGAUGAAUGAGGUGGCUGUCAACAAGUCAAGGUCAAAUGGAUCCUAA